AUGCUUGACGGCAAUUAUGUACAGAACGAUUCCAAAGGUAAGCUCCACUCCAUCAAAUCUCUUGACUCGGUCCCCUCCAAGACAUUCCACCUGGGUCGAAGCACCAAAAGUCGAUCCAAACUUUUGAAAAGGGUCACUGUAGCAGUGACGGCCUGGCCUGUUUUUGUCGGCCUGCCUGCCUGCAAAGCCUUGUCAGACUCAGCUCUGUUCUUGGAGAUCAUUGAUGUGCCUGCCCGAUUUGCUCUAUUUCAGUCCCGUGCCACUACGUAG